AUGAAAACACAAGCAAUUAUACUAGCUUUCCUCGCAACUGCUUCAAUUGUAAACAGUGUCACUGUAGCAGAUCUAGGUAAGUGUUUCGGAAGUUUGAAUACUGCUGGAUCAUUAGCCUUAGUUGAUGAUGCCAGUAAUUCAAGAAACACCUGCCUUGUAAGUUCUGUUGCAUCAAGUGUGUUAAUGGUUGAACUCUUCGAUGCGUCUAAAUAUGUAGGACUAAAAAUUGAGCCAGCAUAGUUCUUUGAUAAGUAUAAUCAAGUUCAAAAAUAUCUCUAAGGUUAAAACAACUAAUGUGGAACAAACAAUCUUUUGACUGAAUUCGAUAGAAGACUCAAAAACAAUGCUGCACUUGGAGGUUUAGUUGCUAAUUUGAUUGGUCAAGCAGUUGUAUGGAAAAAGAGUCAAUUAUACAAGAGCUACAAUGCUGUACAGACUGCUUACACUAACUUCCAAUCAACUGGUAAUCUUGAAACUUUCUGCGCUGUUGUAGGAAAUGAAGGUGCUCUAAUCACUCAAGCUACCUUUGGAAAGUCAAUCAAUUCAGCUAAAGUCCAGCCAGAAUCUGAAUCUAACAAGAACAAGAUUAAAAAGUGA